UAUAUAAUAUUAUAAACAGACAAAGAAGACCUGGUUGGGUUCAUAUAUAUGUUCUUCCAUUUUUUUAGCUUGCAAAGAACUCCAUGUAGGAGAAUUUCCUGGUUUUUGUCUUGCUCUAGCUCCAACAAAAUCCCAAGUUUUCUUGUUUGUGUUUUGUUUUUGUUGUUUUAUUAAAAUAAACAAAUAAAUCUUCUGCUCUUGUGUGAUGAGCACCAGGAACUAGGAAUAAGAGAAGAAGGAAACAAGAGAGUGAUUUGGAAGGAAGAGAAAAGAAAGACAAAAGUUGUUGGUUUUUUAUUAAAAGAUCUUUAUUUUUAUUUUUAUUUUUAUCUUUUUUCCUUUGUUCAAUGUCAAAUAUCACAGGUGAUAAUGGAGGGAGCUUCUCUUCAGGCAACACUGCUGGAGAAGAAGUUCAACAACAACAAGAGCAAGUAAAAAACUUUCAUGGCUCAAACUCUUUGCUUUCAACUAACAGCAGUGGCUCCACCACUCCACAAGAUCAGCAGCCUCCAUCAGCUAAGAAGAAAAGAAACCUUCCAGGAACUCCUGAUCCCAAUGCAGAAGUGAUUGCUCUAUCACCAAAGACCCUUUUGGCCACAAACCGUUUUGUAUGUGAAAUUUGCAACAAAGGGUUCCAAAGGGACCAAAACCUUCAACUUCACCGGCGGGGCCAUAAUCUGCCAUGGAAACUUAGGCAAAGAACAAGCAAUGAAAUCCGGAAAAGGGUUUAUGUCUGCCCUGAACCUUCAUGCGUGCACCAUAACCCGGCUCGUGCUCUUGGCGAUCUUACAGGGAUCAAGAAGCAUUUUUGUCGAAAACAUGGAGAGAAAAAAUGGAAAUGCGAUAAGUGCUCGAAGAAAUAUGCUGUGCAAUCGGAUUGGAAAGCUCAUUCAAAGACAUGUGGCACAAAGGAAUACAAAUGUGACUGUGGCACCAUUUUCUCCAGGAGAGACAGUUUUAUCACCCACAGAGCUUUUUGUGACGCCCUAACUGAAGAAAACAACAAAGCAAGCCAAGGCCUUGUAGCCAUUAACGUGGGAUCAAACUUACAAGGCCAAGUUCCCGAUCAGCUCAUUCCUGCAAUUCCUAUCAACAACAGUCAUGACACAUCUGCCAUGAAUGUUUCUGAUUCAUUCAGCCAUGACACCAAAAGCCCUAUACAGCUCUUAAACAUGGCAGGAAGUAUGUUCUCCAACAAUCCCGGAAACCUGUUUGGUGGAGCGAAAAGUCAUGUUUCAAAUUCUUCCUCCUCUUGCCUGCAACUGACCGCGAAUUCGUCAACAUUAUUUGAAGGAAAUGGACACCUUUACUCUGGCCUAGCCUCCAUGUCUGCCACUGCAUUGUUACAGAAAGCAGCUCAAAUGGGAGCAACUGCUAGUACUGGUAGCCUGAACUCUCCCUUGAUGGGGAAAAGUUUCACUACAAGCAUGGCCCCACCAUCGUUUGUUUCGAUGCAAACGCAGAAUAAUAAUCAAUCACAAGUUCUAGGAGAUGAUUCUGAAUUCACCAACCAGUUCAUGCAGAAAAGCCAACAAGAAAUACAGUCAGAGUUUUUCAAUGCAAAUGGAGGGGUUGAUCAAAGUUCAGCUGUCAACAAUAUGGGGAUGUUUUCGGGGGUUUUUGAUCAAAACAGUGCAUUGUUAAAGAGUGUAGAGAACGAUCAGCGCGGUGCAAGUACAAAUUCAGGGUUGAGUACGCCAAGAACUACUUGUUUAUCAGGCUUCAGUGGGGAUAUGAUGACUGUUGAUUUCUUGGGGAUUGGCGGAUCAAGACCCAGGCCUCUACUUGAAAAACAGCACCUUCAUCAACAACAGCAAGAUUUAGAUGAGUUUGGAGGAAUUGACCAGGCAAGACUGCUAGGCUUAAGCCAUUUUCAACAACAUACAGCGUUGGAGAAACCAAUGUGGAAAGUUUAAAAUUAAAGCAGCUAGCUAGAUCUCCAAUAAAACUCCUUUCCCUA